UUAACAAUGGUUAAAGAAUUUGUAGAAGGAUGGGAUAUAGUUCAAACAUUAGGUGAAGGGGCCUAUGGAGAGGUUAAAUUAGUUGUCAAUAGAGUAACUCAAGAUGCUGUUGCUGUUAAAAUAUUAAAUACAAAUAGAGUUCCAGAAGCAUCAGAAUUAAUUAAAAAAGAAAUUUGUGUUCAUCGAAUGUUGAGUCAUGAAAAUAUUAUUAAGUUUUUUGGUCAACGACAAGAGGAUAAUUUACAAUAUAUAUUUCUUGAAUAUGCUUCAGGUGGUGAAUUGUUUGACAGAAUAGAACCAGAUAUUGGUAUGCCACAAUCCCAUGCACACAGAUAUUUUUGCCAAUUAAUUGCUGGAGUGGAAUAUUUACAUAGUAAAGGAAUUACGCAUCGUGAUCUAAAACCUGAAAAUCUUCUUUUAGAUGAAAAUGAUAAUUUGAAAAUUUCGGAUUUUGGGAUGGCAACAGUUUUUCGUUAUAAUGGAAAAGAAAGACUUUUAGCAAAACGAUGUGGAACUUUACCUUAUGUUGCUCCAGAAGUUUUGAUGAAAGAAUAUAAAGCAGAACCAGCAGAUAUCUGGAGUUGUGGAGUGAUUUUAGUUACACUUUUAGCUGGUGAAUUGCCUUGGGAUAAACCGACUUAUAAUUGUAAAGAAUAUUGUGCCUGGAAAGAGUGUAAAAUAACUGAAUCUCCUUGGUUAAAAAUUGACAAUUUAGCUUUAUCUUUAUUAAGAAAAAUACUUAUGCCAAUUGCAUCCAAAAGAUAUACAUUAGCACAAAUCAAGAAACAUCAAUGGUACAAAAAAUUAUUUAAAGUUGAAGAAUUUCAAAAUGUAUAUGAGAAUCAGUUUUUGCCUUGCAAACGAUUAUGUUCUAAAUAUAAUCCUUUAUUAAGGGAAGAUACAGUUAUGCAUUUAACUUGUUCUCAACCAGAAUUUAUAAAAGAAGAAGUAAAAUGUUCUCAAGAUAAUUCUACAGCAGAUAUUGUUCAUGUUGUUAGUUUUUCACAGCCAGCUCAUCCUGAACAUAUGUUAUUAAGCACAGAUUCCUGUUUUACAAAUAGUCAACUUCAAAGUACACCAAAUUCAUCACAGUCACCAUUACAAAGAUUAGUGAAAAGAAUGACCAGAUUCUUUGUUCAAGAUAAUGCUGAGAUAACACUUAAAAAAUUAAAAGAAGUCUUUGAAAAAUUAGGUUAUAUGCAGAAGAGAACUUCUCCUGGACAGAUAACAAUAAUUACAAAUGACAAAAGAAAAAUGCAACUUAGCUUUAAAGUGAAUUUGCUUGAAAUGCAAGAUAAAAUUCUGGUUGAUUUCAGGUUAUCAAAGGGUGAUGGUUUAGAAUUUAAGCGUCACUUUAUACAUAUAAGAAAUCAUCUAUCAGAUAUAAUUAUUAAAGGGCCAUUGACUUGGCCUAUAGCAAUAGCAACAAAUUCACUACCAUAGUUAUUUAAUUAAAUUUAGUUAAAAAAAAAUUACUGUGAUCAAUAAAUGAUUGAUUAUUUAGUAAAUGUUUUCAUAUUGUAAUUGAGUCUCUAUUAUCUUGUGUGUUGAAUAUGUUGAACUUUCAAAUUCAGGAAAGUUUUUAAAGAAAUUUUCAAUAAAGGUUUAUAAAAAAAUUCAUUCAUAAAUUUUUAAAAGUGAUUUUGAAAUUGUUUUAGGAUUAUAUUAAUUUGUAAUAGUAUACAUAUAUUUUAUAGAUAAACAUUUAUAUGAAAAAAUGUAGAUAAGCAUAUAAUAACAUGCUUUUAA